ACAACAUAGACGGCAUUUAAAAUUCGUUAAUGUCGCUAAAAAUUCUUUUUUAUAUACAUAUCAGUUAUCAAUCCGUACACAUCCUUCAUUCCUUCCAUUCGAGUGCCUUUGAGACCUAGCUUGUCCCGAGAAAAAAUGCACAGGCUCUUGGUUGUGGUGCUUGCACUGAAUAUCCUUAUCCUCGAGGUGACUGCCAGUUCCUCGUACGAUGAGCAGCGCUUUGACUGGGAUGUACAGAACAUUCGAAGGCUGGUAAAGUGCCGGAAUAAGCAUUACAAAUCCACCAAGGAAUUCUACUACAACUACUGGGUCCUGAAAAACUACAUUAAGGCCGAGCACGGCCCGCUGUCCUGCUAUAGCAAUGUUACCUACACCACGCACGCGGACUAUAGGUAUCUGGACAACUUGGUGCCCCUCCUGGAGCGGUGGCGCUCUCCGCUAAGUCUGGCUUUAUAUGCUCCCGGUGACGAUUUCCAGCCUACGCUAGACAGUAUCCUGUGGCUGCGGCAGUGCCACCCAAGCAGCCACCUAGUGCGCGAACUGACCAGCGUCCACUUCUACUUCAAUGUGGAGCACCUGCCGCAAGUGGUGCCCAUGGCCAAAGUGGCUCUCCAGAGGCAACUCAACUGCAGCGCACCGUCGCCAUAUGAGAAUGUGAAAAAGGAGCAGUUGUACAGGACGCAGGAAAAACUCGAUUAUCCUGUCAACAUUGGACGCAAUCUGGCGCGUGCAGCCUCCUUGACGCACUUUGUUCUGGCCUCCGACAUAGAACUGUAUCCCACGCCAGGGUUGGUGCCUAACUUUUUAAAUUUUUUCAGCAGAAAGGUAGUUGGGAGGCAUGUUAACAUUCCCCUGUCCCCUAUGGUAUACGUUCUGAGGAUCUUCGAAGUGCGGGCUAAUGAGACCAUGCCCAAAACCAAACCGGAACUGCAGAAAAUGCUUAGAAGCGGAGGGGCUGUGCUAUUUCAUGAAAAUAUCUGCGCAGAAUGCCACCAGGGUCCCAAGCUGGAGGAAUGGAUUAAUGAGCCAGUAGCGUCGCAGGACCUAAACGUGUUUAAUGUGGGCUACCGCUUGGAGCCACAUGAAUUGUGGGAACCGAUCUUUAUCGGCACUGUCGAUGAUCCUCCGUAUGACGAACGUCUCAGCUGGGAAGGAAGAAGGGACAAAAUGACGCAGGCCUACGCCAUGUGUGUCCUCGGCUACGAAUUCCACAUCCUCGACAACGCCUUUUUGGUCCACAAGCCAGGCAUCAAGGAGGCUUAUCUACCCAUAGGGCGCGUGAUCCAAUCCCACCGCACCGAUAGUUUGAUCAGUCGGGAAAUAUUCCGAGAGCUGCGUUUUAUGUACGGAUCGCGUAAAGGGUGUAUUAUUUAAAAAAAAAAAGGAAAAGGAUAGAAAAAAGGCCAUUUAAAUUUUAUGUUUUGUUU